ACAUCCAUCUGCCUUAUGUAAGGUAUGUCGUUCACGUUACUACCACAGCCUACUAUUUUGUACCUUUUAAUUAUUACCUCACAAUGUCCAGGUCUCACCAUGUCAGACAUACCACCAAACACGCCUUUUAUUAAGCCAGACUACACGCUGUUUUGCUCAGUUGGUCACGGUGAACUCCAGUGGAAAACCGUUACAUCCCAUGUGAAAGGAAACCAAGGCCACUGGAUGGUAUCAUGUCCGUUCAUUGGACCUGAUGGCAUCAAGUGCUCACACUUCCAGUGGGGUUCUCACAGUCCGUCAUCAUCCCCAAACCCAUCGAUACCGCCAGUAAUGCUGCCACCUCCGUUACCUGUACUACCAGUGCCUGGGACUUGCGCUGAGUCUCAGUGUGUGUCAACACAUGUACAUCCUCUAUGUACCAGCGCAAUGUGCCGAAAACACUGUUGGGCCAUUGGGGGAUGUGAUGCCAAGGGUCAUGCUGUUAGCGGACCUGUGCAAGCUACACUUGCACCUCCACGGCCUCCUUCGCCUGUAAUUUAUCCGGUCUUAAUUCAAGCUGAGCUAUCUCUUGGUGCCAGCAGCAACGACUCUACAACAGAUGGGGAGAUGAGUUCUUCGAGUUCUCCAGGACUAUCACAUGACCAUCCGAUUGAGGUCGAAGUUGCUGCCACACUAGCUUGGCCACGAGGGUAUUACGCCGUUGACAUCAACACAGGCUUUGUCGCCAUGGACAAUGCAAGGCAAUCUGGCCAAAGUGUGAAAGAGGCCUUUGCUAGUGUGUUUGGGGCUGGGGUCCGUUAG